AUCAGUGCGUGGUUCAGCCGCGCGGACGCGAGCAAAUAUACGGAACCAGUCGACAGCGGCGGCGGCGGCGGCGGUGGCGGCAAAAGCGGAUGAAGACCGUGGAGCCAACUUGUUCCCGCCGCCGCUGCCCCGGCCCCAGAUCUGCAUGUGGUGAGUGUGAAGAGACUUGAAGAAAAGUUACACUGAACACUUGCGUUCUUCCUUCAUUGUCUCCCCAACAGUCCUGUCUUGUGGCCAAGGCAUCCCCAUUUUACAGAUGAGGAGGCAGGCCUGGAGAUGCAAUUAUUCCAGGUGACUGGAAGCCAGCUUUCCAGCCUCCCCAGUCCAAAGAGGUGGUGUGAGAAAAAAAGAGCCAAAACACCAUGGAAUAUUAUGCAGCAAUCAAAAACGAUGAGUUCGUGUCCAUUGUAGGGACAUGGAUGAACCUGGAGAACAUCAUUCUCAGCAAACUGACACAAGAACAGAAAAUGAAAUACCGCAUGUUCUCACUCAUAGGCGGGUGUUGAACAAUGAGAACACAUGGACACAGGGAGGGGAGCACUACACACUGGGGAAGUACCUGGACAUCCACUCCAUGCACCAGCUGGAGAAGACCACCAAUGCUGAGGAGAUGAGGGAGGUGCUGGCUGAGCUGUUGGAGCUAGGGCGUCCUGAGCAGAGCCUACGGGAUGCCAUCACCCUGGACCUCUUCUGCCACAUGCUCAUCUUCUGCCGCCAGCAGGGCUUCUCACUGGAGCAGACAUCAGCAGCUUGUGCCAUGCUCCAGGAUCUUCACAAGGCUUGUAUUGCAACCCCCUUGGGCAACGUGGAGGAGUGCUACCGCUACUUCACCAGUGUCCUUUUUUGCCAUGGAGUCAGGCGGCCUCCUUUCAGCAUCGAUCUCUUCAAGGAGGAACAACUGCUGGCCCUGGAAGACUACGUGGUCAACACUUACUUCCGCCACUUCAAGCUCUAUAAAUUCGUCUUCACAUCCCAGGUGCGGCUGGAUCUAUCUUUGACUUAUAUGGGGCUACAGCCACCUAUACUGUGGCCAGAGAGUGAGACAGAGAAAGAAAAAAGCAAGGAGGUGGAGGAGCAGGCACUUACCCCCCAGGAAGAGGAACUGGAGACAGUGGCCCCUCCAGAGCCAGAGCCAGAGCCAAAGCCAAGCCACAUCCAAGUCCUCCAAGCCUACAUCAAGACCCAAGUGAACAAGGAGCUGGAUCAGCUCCAGCGGCUGGUGGAGGAGCAGCUCAAGGCCAGCGAGGAAAGGCUCAACAGCAAGUUGACUGCACUAGAGCGGCCCUUCCAGCUACCUCCCGGUAAAGGCAAGAGCAAGACUAAGUGACCCCCAGCAUUUUCUCCAAUAAAGGUCUGGACUAGAA